CUGUUCCUCCGUCAUCUUGGAAGAGGACUAGCAGACUCAUCACUCAGUGUUGUCUGUCACUUACUACAUGCGCCAGAGUAUCUUUUUCGCGCAGUCACUGUCUUGGGCGUUGACGGCAUUGGAGGCGCGCAGAUGCAUAUCACAAUCGUCCUUCGCGACUGUGUACUCGCAUUGUCCUGCUGUUGACAAAGUCCCCCAAAUAAGACUUUGAGGUCGGAACACCGGCCAGCACAAACGGCGUGAAUAUCACCGCAGCGCCGACAAUCGACGUCCUCCACCACCAACAUUCCACCCCAACGCGCCGGCCACUGAAGCCAUGGCGAACAUCGAGUCCUACAAUCACAUCGAUCCAGCCUUGCGAGCUGCUUCUUUGAGUAGUCCUUCCAAACCUCGCGAAACCCAGCAUUAUCAGAAUAGCACUGCUGCUGCCUACUCACCUUUACAGCCCUCUCCCAAUACUUCCUACCAGAGCAUCCAAACUCCAAACUACUACCCACCGAACCACCAAGCGCAAGAGAGUCCAGACGACCAAAGUCCGUCAGGAAACCCCAACGAUCCCAAUGAUCUCAAGAGACCGCGAGCCUGUGAGGCUUGUCGACAACUGAAGGUUAAAUGCGAGCCGGACGACAAUCACCCCACAGGUUCGUGCAAGCGAUGCGCAAAGGCAAACAGACAAUGUAUUGUCACCGCACCGAGCAGAAAGAGACAGAAAAAGACCGACAGUCGCGUGGCAGAAUUGGAGAAGAAGAUCGAUGCCUUGACUGCGAGUUUGGUUGCACGGGGAGGUGAGGGUGAGGUUGCAACAGAGCCUAGCAUACACCACGCUCAACCAGCACGUCCUCCUCCCUACGGCGAACAAUGGCAUGGACCUCCCCCACCAAUCACCAGCAUGUCACCUUCCACUACUCAGCAAGGUGUGAAGCGGAAGAUCGCCAAUGAUUACGAUUAUUUUGGUGGUGAACUGCACAAAUCAUCCUCACCCUCAAUGAGGCAAGCCGCUCCUGGGUCCCAUUACCAACCAGUCUUUUCGCGCGAGAACACAGUCAAGACUGACCAGGACGACUUGCCAUCCGUUGAUCCGAUCGAGCGUGGUUUCAUUGAUCUCAAUUCGGCUAGGAAAUGCUUCGAACGAUACAUGGCAGAAAUGGGUGAACAUCUCCCACUGGUGGUGUUUCCGCCCGGAACCAACGCCGACGAGGUUCGCAAGAACAAGCCUGUCCUGUUCCUAGCUGUCCUUGCCGUGGCUUCCAGCACCAUUCGUCCCGACAUACAACCCAAGUUGAUCAGUGAAAUCACCCGAGCCCUUGCGGACCGUGUCAUUUUCAGAGGAGAGAAAUCACUCGAGCUUGUCCAGGCCAUCCAGGUCACUGCAUGUUUUUAUCAACCGCCAGAAAAGUAUGAAGAGUUAAAUUUCAACCAGCUUAUCCACAUUGCCGCUGUCAUGGCCAUGGAUUUGGGCAUGGGGAAACGAGCUAAACGAGGUGGACCGAACAUGUGGCGGCCAUACAACGAAAACAAGCGACCUCUGUCAGAUCCUAACAGUGCAGAGACGAGGAGAUGUUGGUUGGGUUGCUACUACAUGUGCUCCAAUUCGGCCAUGUCGCUACGACGUCCCUUACUCGUUCGGUGGAGUCCAUACGCUGAAGAAUGCGUGGAAAUCUUGAACACUGCUUCGGAUGCUUUGCCGUCCGACAAGUCCCUUUGUCAUCUCGUUCAUGCACAGCACAUGGCAGAAGACAUCGGCUUGGAGUUUUCAAUGGACGAUCCUUUGUCACAAUUGACAUUGACCGAUCAGAAGACGCAAUACCACCUCAAAGCAUUCGAGCGACGACUAGAGGAAUGGCACAACACCGCUACUCCAGAGAUGCUGAAAAAACCAAUUGUGCAACAUACUGAAGGAAUCAUCAACUUGUACAUGCAUGAAAUUGCCAUGCACCACAACCACAAUAUCGACGAUUUUCGACCGCCUUUCAACGCCACCCCAAUUGAAGGGCCUCCAGAUCCUGAUAACGUCACGCCAGCUCACAUCGAAGCUUUGACGACUUGCAUCCAUUCGGCACACAAUGUUUUCGAUGCGUUUCUGAGUAUUGAUAUCAAGAUGCUUCGGGCUUUACCGACAUUGGUCUUCGUGAGGUCAUCUUACGCUGCAGUUGCCUUGAUCAAACUGUACUCUGCUGUGUCGGCGAAAGGGUCCAAGUACGCCCAGAUAUUCAAGACCAAGGAUUUGAAGGUUGAAUACUACCUUGAUCGCAUGAUUGAUGUGCUUGCAAGGACAUGCGAGAAUAGCAUGAGCAGGGUUGCACAUAAAUUCAGUUUGAUAUUUAACAUGUUGAAGAGCUGGCACAUGAAGAGGAUGGAGCCGGCAAGUAAUGGCACCAACCCCUCCUCGAGGCAACGCACUCCGGCGGGUAGAAGCACCACGCAACCCGUGUACAAAGCUGUUCCGCCACAACAAGAUCCAGCGAGCCUGGGUUGGAACACGAACAGUCGAGCCAGCAUGGACCAAAAUACUCAAGCCCAUCAACAACAACCACGGAAUGGCCUUCAGAUGCUCUCGGAUGCUGCCAUGGGGCCUGGUCCUCCACCACAAGCAGUCAUUCAACAACCUCCCCAGCAGCAAUGGAUGCAACCUAUGAAUCAGCCGCAAAUGCUACCUGGAGUUGCAGAGAUGGGUAUGCAUAAUCAAGGUAUGAUGUCUUAUGGUAUGCCAGGCCAGGAUUUGGGUCCCCCCAUGGAUUUUACCUCGGAUGAGCUCAUGGCGUUUGGCUUUGGGGAUGAGUUUCUGGCCAUGAACUUUGGGUUCGAACAGGGGAACUGGAUAUAGAGGACGUGGCCGAGAUGAUUGAUACGGCGAAUGUCGUGCGAGGCGUUGCAGAUAUUCGUCGAGGAUGCAUUCAGCGCUGUACAAAGUAUGCUUUUAUGAUUCUACGUCGUGUC